AUGAUAAGUGCAAAGAGGCUUAUUGAAAUGGCAAGAAAGUGGCAGAAAAUGGCUGCGGGAAAACGCAAGAGAAUUUCAUACCCUAGACACCAUAAUCUUGACCAUGCUCGUUCUUCAACAGCAAACAAGGGUCACUUCGUGGUUUAUACCGUGGAUCAUAAGCGAUUCGUGGUUCCACUCAAGUACCUUAGCACCAACGUGUUCAGGGAGCUACUGAAUUGGUCCGAAGAGGAGUUUGGGUUACCAUCCAAUGGACCCAUUACCUUGCCUUGUGAUAGGGCCUUCUUGGAGUACGUAAUCUCGUUGAUUCGGGAACAUGUUCCCGAAGAUGUUGAGAAGGCUUUGAUCACUUCAAUGGUUACAUGUCACCACGUGGCAUCAUCCUCAUCAUCAUCUUCUUCUUCUUCGCAUAAUAAUGGUCUCAUGCAGAGUAACAGGCCAAUGAUUAUUUAUUGA